AUGAGCGAGGAGAGCAAAGCUUGGGUGGAGAGCGUCAAGCAGAAAGUGCGCAUCGCCAGCGGAGAGCGCAAACCAGCAGAGGAUGGACGGUUUGGGGAUAUGGGUCGCGUUGGCGGCACGAAACGACUGUUUCGGAAAGGAUGA